AGUGCACGGACCCACCUGUGUGGCCAGGUGGCCAGAUUACCAGGGCUCACUCAUCCACCAUGAAGGGCUCCCAGGCCAUCAGUGGCCCCCCAGGGCCCUCCCAGAGCAGCCUGGAAGGCUUGGAUCUGAGUCUGACGGGGCUCCCUCCACCCGUGUCCCGACGCCCCAACAGCGCCUCGGCUGCCAAGCCGAUCACCCGCUCCAUCUCUGUGGUCACAGGCAGUGAGUCGAAGAGGAAGGCCCUGGAGGCCACAGGGCCCGGGGGCUCCAGGGCCAUCAAUAACCUUCGCAGGUCUAACAGCACUACGCAGGUCCACCAGCCGCAAGCCAAGCAGGCGUGGGCUGCCCCCCUCAGGCCGGUGGAGCCCCCUGACUUCCUGACCGUCUUCAAGGGCAGCCCUGGUGGGAAAAAGAGGCCAGCCAGUCUGAGCAAAGCUUCUGGCCAGAAGGAGGCCACAUGGAACGUCCUGGACGACCAGCCCAGGGCCUUCACCUUACUGCCUGAUGCCCAGAGUCCUGGCACCAUGGACGUGCCAGUAGGCCCACGGAGGAGAGAGUGCACUGUUCCUCUGGCACCCAACUUCACUGCCAACAACAGGAGCAACAAGGCCGCCGUGGGCAACUGCGUCACUACCAUGGUGCACAACAACUACGCCCCCGUGGACACGGUGCCCCCCAAGAGCUCCAACCACGCGACGCCCUCCCUCAACAACCUCAUCAAGGCGGCCACACACGAGGGAGAGGGCAGCGGCUUCGGGAAGCCACAGAAGAACCUCGCCAGCAGCAACCACGUGGCCCGGAACAACGCGGGGGCCACCGAGGGCCUGCUCAGACGGAGGGAGGUGACCGAGGAGGAGGCAGAGAGGUUUAUCCACCAGGUGAACCAGGCUGCCGUCACCAUCCAGCGCUGGUACCGGCUUCAGGCGCAGCGGCGCAGAGACCACGCCGCCAACCUGGAGCACCUGCUGGCAUCCAAGAGAGAGGGGCAGCAGAAGCGGCUGGGAGAGGGGAACCUGCUAGACUUGCACCGACAGAAGGAGGCAGCCAGGAGGAAGGCCCGGGAGGAGAAGGCGCGCCAGGCCAGACAGGCAGCCAUUCAGGAGCUGCAGCAGAAGCGAGCCCAGAAGUCAGGCCAUGCUGAGCUUGGGCUGCUGAAGGGGGCCCGGGAGACAGGGAAGCCCCAGCCGGCCCAGGAGCCGCCCCUGCGGCCUGGAGACAGUGCUCCUCAGACCCACAAGGCCAACAAUACUGGGGUCAGCCUCCGUACCCCAGGCCCAGAGGACCCCUGCCAGCCCGUCCCCGACUUCUCCCCAGAGCCCCGGCAGCACCCAGAGGACAAGCUGCAGGACACCAGCUCCCAGGACGUGGCUGGUGAGGCCCUGGGGACAGUGGGCCCCAUGGGGAGCAGGGCCAAGUGCAGGGCGACUCUGGAGGAGUUGCUGGACACACUGAAGCUGCUGGAGGAGGAACCGGAGCCACUGCCCCGCCCCAGGGCCUACCACAAGGACAAAUAUGCCUGGACUGACGAGGAGGAUGAUGCCAGCUCCCUGACAGCUGACAACCUGGAGAAAUUUGGGAAGCUCAGUGCGUCCUCCAGGCCCCCCGAGGAUGGGACGCUGCUCUCGGAGGCCAAGCUGCAGAGCAUCAUGAGUUUCCUGGAUGAGAUGGAAAAGUCGGGGCAGGACCGGCCUGCCGCGGCCCCCCAGGGGCUCGUGCUGGAGGAGGGGCUGGGGCGCCUGGAGUCUGCGUCUGAGGUGAGCGCGUCUGUGAGGCGACUGAAGCUAGAGGUGGAGGAGAGGAAGCAUGCGAUGGUGCUGCUGCAGAGGGCGCUGGCGCAGCAGCGGGACCUCACCGUCCGGCGGGUCAAGGAGACAGAGAAGGAGCUGGGCCGGCAGCUGCGGCAGCAGAGGGAGCACUACGAGGCCACCGUCCAGCGGCACCUGUCCUUCAUCGACCAGCUGAUCGAGGACAAGAAGACCCUGGGGGAGAAGUGCGAGGCUGUGGUGGCCGAGCUGAAGCAGGGGGACCAGAGGCGCAAGGAGAGCGAGGCCCAGAUGCGGGCGCAGCAUGAGCUGGAGAUUAAGAAACUGAGAGAGCUGAUGAGCGCCACUGAGAAGGUCCGCAGGGAGCAGUGGAUGAGCGAGAAAACCCGGAAGAUCAAGGAGAUCACAGUCAGAGGCCUGGAGCCCGAGGUCCAGAAGCUAAUCGCCAAGCACAAGCAGGAGGUGAAGAAGCUGCGGAGCCUGCACGCGGCCGAGCUGCUGCAGGCGGACGAGCGAGCAGCACAGCACUAUGGGCGCCAGGCGGAGGCGCUGCGGGAGCAGCUGGAGCGGGAGAAGGAGGCGCUGGCCCAGCAGGAACGUGAGCGCUCCCAGCAGCGCUUGGAGCAGCAGCUGGAGCAGGAGCAGAGGGACCUGCAGCAGCUUCGAAGGAGGCUGUACAGCGAGGUGGCCGAGGAAAAGGAGCGGCUGGGCCAGCAGGCCUGCAGGCAGCGGGCUGAGCUGGAGGAGCUGAGGCGGCAGCUGGAGGAGAGCAGCUCUGCCAGGGGCCGGGCCCUGAGGGCCGAGUUCGAGAAGGGGAGAGAGGAGCUGGAGCACAGGCACCAGAUGGAGCUGCAGGCCCUGAAAGACCAGCUGGAGGUGGAGAGGCAGAUGUGGGAGGCCAACUGUGCCAAGAAGGAGGAAGCGUGGCUGCUGAACCGGGAACGGGAGCUGAAGGAAGAGAUCCGCAGAGGCCGAGACAAGGACAUCGAGCUGGUCAUCCACCGGCUGGAGGCCGAUAUGACGCUGGCCAGGGAGGAGAGCGAGAGGGCCGCAGAGAGCCGCGUCAAGCGCAUCAGAGACAAGUACGAGGCGGAGCUCUCGGAGCUGGAGCGGUCAGAGCAGAAGCUGCAGGCCCAGUGCGGGGAGCUGAAGGGGCGGCUGGCGGAGGCCGAGGGGGAGGCCGCUCGCCUGCAGGGCCUGGUGCGGCAGAAGGAUAAGGCCCUGGCGGAAGUGAAGGCGGUGAAUGAGCAGCUGCUGGGCGAGAGGAGCGGCCUGGCCCAGGUGCUCCGCCAGGAGUUCGCCGACCGGCUGGCGGCCUCCGAGGAGGAGAACCGGCAGGUCAGGGCUGAGCUGGCCGAGCUGCGGGCACAGCAACGGCUGGAGCUGGAGCAGCUCAGGCGGGAGAAGCAGGCGGAGCUGGAGGACCUACACGCGAGGGUGAAGGUGGCCCUGGCCAAGAAGGAGGCGGCCGUGAGCAGCCUCCGGAAACAGCACGAGGCCGCAGUGAAACGGGCAGACCACCUGGAGGAGCUGCUGGAGCAGCGUCGGCGGCCACUCCCGAGCACCAAGUGACACCCGCCCCCUCGACGUGGACACGGACACGGACAUGGAUGCGCAGCAGCAGCAGGCGGGGCCCUGGCGGGAGGGGGAUCCGCCCUCUUCUUCCCUUUGCCCCGUUUGCCUGCCCUGCAGCUGUGGCUGCAUUUUAACAGUAAAGAGCUGUUUUUUA